CUUGAAGACAAACUUUUGGAAAGCAAAGACCUGAAGAGGAAACUUUGGAGAACGAACCACCUGAGGAGGAAACCUUUGGAAACCAAAGACCUGAAGAGGAAACUUCGGAGGAGGAAGACCUGAAGAGGAAACCUUCGGCCAAAGAACACCUGAAGAAGAAGACAUUUGUAAACCGACUCUUGUUGGAUCCUUGAAUCAAGGCUACUUGAAGACCUGGAAAUGGACUUCAGACUCGUGGACAUCGAGGGACCUGUGGGAGCUGCCCCGGAGGUGCACCGUGACGCUGCUGGGUUUGUGGACUACGUCGUGGAGCGUCCCGCCAACGGCCUCCCGGAGCUCAUCUGGAUCAUUGAUGAUGACGACCGUGUCGUCGUCUUCAAUGAUUCGGAUGAGUCUUCCGAGGAAGAAGACUCGGAAGACGACUGGAGCACCAGCGAAGACUCCGGCUACGGCAGCCUGGACGAGGAUGAAGAAGACCCGGAGGACGGCGAAGAAGAGGACAUCCGACCUCGCUCCCCCCUGGUCCAGCGGCUCCCCCCUCCUGCUGGUGCUCCAGUCAUCGCUGCUCCCGCUGCUCCCCCACAGGAGGACCUUGCUCUCCACAUCAUCUCCUUCCCAAAGAGGCCCCGGGAGGAGAGCGAUGUGGAGGCACAGGUAGGUACGAAGAGGCAGCGGACCAGUGAAGAGGACAACCAGCAGCCAGGACCAUCUACAUCCGGUGCCACAAACCACAGCGCGUCCGGUCCCUCCACGUCAGGCCUGAGCUCCUCUGUGACCAGUGGAAACUGGUUCAGGCCUUUUUGGAGUCCAGAUGAUAGUCAGCGCUCCACUUCAGACGCCCCUGCCUCCAACAGCACCCUCUCCAGCCACUGA